AUGGAUACGUCCCUGGAUCUGCCACGCAUUCUUUGCCUUCACGGCGGUGGCACCAAUGCGCGUAUCUUUCGAAUGCAAUGCCGCGUACUGGAACGAAUGCUUCGGUCGCAUUUUCGCCUCGUCUACGCCGAGGCUGCACUUCCAGCACAGCCAGGACCCGACGUGACAGCCGCCUACAAAGACUAUGGGCCCUUCAAAGCGUGGCUACGCGUGCAUGCACAAGAUCCCAUUCUGAAUGAAUAUCAAAUCGUGGACGGCAUAAAAGCUUCUUUAUCUGCCGCUCAACUGGAAGACGAUAACCUCGGGGCGACCGGAGAAUGGGUCGGGCUACUGGGGUUUAGCCAGGGCGCUCAUCUAGCUGCCAGUAUUCUAGCAAACCAACAAGUAGUCCACUGCGACACGGAACCUGUUUACCGGUUUGCUAUUUUGCUAGCGGGACGAGGCCCACUGCGAUGGCUGAACCCAGAGUUGCCUAUGCCUGCAGGCUUCAUCGACGCGACGCAGUCCACUACGGGCCGAGAACUUAUUAUGGACAUGACUGAAUCCCGAGUUCACAUCCCAACGGUACAUGUCCAUGGUAUGGCGGAUCCAAAUCUGAUGCUGCACCGCAGACUGCUCUACCAGCAUUGUGAUUGGAAGAGUACGACGCUGGUCGAGUGGGAUGGCGAGCAUCGUGUGCCUAUCAAGACAAAGGACGCUAUCCCGGUGGUACAAGAGAUCUUCAAUGUGGCACACAGGACAGGUGUCAUCGGGACAAUAUCGGGGUUCUGA